CACAGCGUGUAAGAUCACUAGAUUUCUCCACUCCCAUCACAGUGAAUCACGUGAAAGAACAGUAGUCCGAGUUGCGCCACAUCAGCUUCACCAACCAGAAGCCAAUGGCGGCUCACCUUUUGAUCCGAUUCCUCCCCCAACCUGUGUUUUGAUCCGCAUGAAGAAAAAAAAAUCACAAAGUCUUAGCUUCGCUUCGCUUCGCUUCACUUUCUUUUUGGUUUAUUCAAAGCAGACGAAGAUAUUUUAUGUGGUUUUCGCGGCUAUAAACAAAAGAUGGAUAUCAAAUUACACUCAGGCGGUUUUCGAUUCUCUCAAAACUUCAGAUAUUCUUCACUUUUUUUUCUUUUUAUUGAGGAUGAAGUUAAUUGGAUAAUUGCACUGCUAACAAAUUUCCUUUCUUCCUUUCCACUGAAUAUGGUAUCUGAAAAUGGUUGAAAUGGAAGUAGGUGCGGCGGAGAAGAAGAGUAACGAAGAAAAUGAUGGAUCCUUAUGGGAAAUAUUCUUGCCGCGAAUGGUUCUCAGAGUACUUUUAGUCGAAGCCGAUGAUUCAACUCGUCAGAUUAUCACCGCUCUUCUUCGUAAAUGCAGUUACAUAGUUGCGGCUGUUCCUGAUGGUUUAAUGGCGUGGGAGACUCUAAAGGAUCGACCUCAUAACAUUGAUCAUAUAUUGACUGAAGUAGAGUUGCCUUCAAUAUCUGGAUACGCGCUUCUUACUUUGGUCACGGAACAUGAUAUCUGCAAUAAUAUUCCAGUUAUAAAUGCUAUCGGAAUAUUCAUUUAG